AUUUUGUUAGGCCAAAUGUCAAAAUCCAACUUGCACCCGAGUUAGGCAAGUACCAACAUAAAAUAAUGGCUACUCACUCUUCUUCUUUGUAUGUAUGUAUGAGUAGCAGAAAACCCAAUGCCACUAUGCUAACAGUUCUCUCAGCCAGAGCUGGUGGUGCUCCGCCACCAACACUUUUCUUUGGAAUUGGACCCAAAAGAAAAUGUUGGAGUUUUAAGUCUUUUAGAAUAUGGGCUGGUGAAUUUCCAGAUUUUCUUCCUAAACAAGUGGAGAAUAUUAAAGAUCCUUUUGCUAGAAAAUUGGCUUCAAGAAUUGAAAGAUUACCAGUAAACUUGUCGAAGGGUUGUGUAAUGAGUAGUUGCGUGAAGCCAAAAGAACAGACAGAGGCCAAUCCAAUUGUGCUUCUCCAUGGUUUUGAUAGCACAUGUUUAGAGUGGAGGUACACACUUCCAUUGCUUGAGGAGGCUGGGUUGGAGACAUGGGCAGUUGAUAUCCUUGGAUGGGGCUUCUCUGAUUUAGAAAGGCUUCCAUCGUGUGAUGUAGCUUCCAAGCGUGAUCAUCUGUACCAGUUGUGGUGUACCUACAUCAAGAGGCCAAUGGUACUUGUCGGGCCGAGUCUUGGAUCUGCUGUUGCUAUUGACUUCUCUGUCAACUAUCCAGAAGCAGUGGAUAGGCUGGUUUUAAUCGAUGCAUGUGUUUAUGCGGAAGGUACAGGAAGCCUCGCAACCUUACCAAAAGCAUUAGCUUAUGCUGGGGUCUACUUAUUGAAAAGCAUACCACUUCGUUUAUACGCAACAUCAUUGACUUUCAAUGGCUUACCAUUAAGUACCUGCAUAGACUGGACACAUAUAGGUCGUCUACAUUGUUUAUUACCUUGGUGGGAGGAUAUAACAGUGAAUUUCAUGAUCAGCGGAGGUUACAACGUCAUUGAUCAGAUACAACAUGUCAAGCAGAAAGCACUAAUAAUAUGGGGUGAAGAUGAUCAGAUUAUUGACUACAAGUUCGCAGUGAGAUUGCACUCUGAACUUCCAAAUGCGAUUCUACGCCUAAUACCAAAGUGUGGCCAUAUCCCUCACGUGGAGAAGCCUGAUGCUGUCUCCAGGUUGAUUGUGGAAUUUGUUCACUCUGAUCAAUCACAAAAGGCAAAGUCUGACUCUGUCUCCACCAUCUCUGUUCCUGUUUGGUUAAUGAUACUUGUACAAGCAGAUAGUUAGCAUAUAUCUAAUUUGGGGAUCUGACUUGUUGAUUCUACGUAGUGAUGAGAGCUGGAGUUUAUGGCCGGUGAAUCAUAGCUUGUAGCGGUGCAAGCGUAGACGGCAGAGUUACCCGAUACUUGUGUUGGUGGGAGGUAGGAGGUACCAGUGUGGAAUGUUAUAAGAAAAAUAACUUGGAGCAGUGCUGAAAUUUUGUUGUGCAUAUCUGGAAUUAUAUCACUGUUAUGUAUUAAUAACUCCUAGUAGUACUUUUAUUUUUGUUAUUAUUUUAUUUUGUAUAAUUUUGGCCUUGAGUUUGUAGUUGGCGCAAAAAAAAUUAUUUAUAAAAAAGAAAGAAAGCGUGAAUACAUUAGCGUUCACACCUGGUUUCAUGUAACUACUACAAUAAGUUUUACUUCUAUCAAUAUAAAAUAUAUCUUAAUAUUA